AUGUCUGCCCUGAAGUCCUGUCUGGUGUGUCUGGUCUCUUACUGCGAGACUCACCUGGAGCCUCAUCAGAGAGUGGCGGCCUUGACGAGACACAAGCUGAUCGACCCUGUGGACAACCUGGAAGACAGGGUGUGUCAGAGACACAGCAGACCCCUGGAGAUGUUCUGCAGGAGAGACCUGACGUGUGUGUGUCAAAUCUGCACUGAGACAGACCACAAGACUCACAAGACUGUCACUAUAGAGGAAGAGUGUGGAGAGAGGAAGGCUCAGUUGGAGAAGACGAAGGGGAAAUUGCAGCAGAUGAUCCAGGAACGAAAGCAGCAGAUUCAGGAGAUAAAACACUCAGGCGAAUUCAGCAAGAGAGAUGCCGAGAAAGGCAUAGCAGAUAGUGUGGAGGUCUUCACUGCUCUGGUGCGGUGCAUUGAGGAAUGCCAGGCUGAGCUCAUUGAGGUGAUUGAGAAGAAGCAGAAAGCAGCAGAGAGGCAGGCUGAAGAGUUUAUCAAAGUGUUGGAGCAGGAAAUCACCGAGCUACAGAGAAAAACCACUGAACUGCAGCAGCUGUCACACACUGAGGACCACCUCCACCUCCUUCAGAGUUCCCUCUGCAGCCUUCCACCUACCAAGAACUGGUCUGAGAUCAGUGUAAACAAGAACCUGUGUGUGGCUCCUGUGAUGAGAGCUGUGUCUGAGCUAGGGAAGACGCUCAAGAAAGAGAUGGAGAAGUUGCCUGAAAUCAAGUUGAAGAGAAUCAGACAGUGUGCAGUUGGUGUGACUUUUGAUCUUGAUACAGCACAUCUCUGGCUUAUCGUGUCUGGUGAUGGGAAACAAGUGAGAUAUGGAGACGGAGCACAGAACCUCCCUGACAACCCCGGAAGGUUUAACGCUGGCAUCUGUGUCCUGGGAAAAGAGGGCUUCUCCUCGGGGAGAUUCUACUAUGAGGUGCAGGUCAAAGAAAAGACUGAAUGGACUUUAGGAGUGGCAAAAGAAUCCAUCAACAGGAAGGGGUCUUUUACAUUCUACCCGGGGAAUGGAUUGUGGACUGUGGGGCUUUGGGAUGGGGAGACGUACGAGGCCCACAAUAAGAAAGUUGCCGUUCUGUCCCUGAAAGACAAGCCCCAGAAGGUAGGGGUGUUCGUGGAUUAUGAGAAGGGAGCGGUCUCCUUUUACAAUGUGGAAGCCUCGUCACAUAUCUACUCUUUUACGGGCUGCACCUUCACUGAGAAAAUCUAUCCCUUUUAUUACACACAUGUAAAAAACGAGGCCCCAUUGAUCAUCUGCCCUGUAAGUCACUCUGACUGA